UACUGCUGCCUACGUCGCGCGUCGAAGUCCACUUACUUUUCUGGGAGCUUGGUGCCUGGUAAACUACACCACAGAGGAAUAAGUGGGGGUUUGAACGUUGGUGGGGCCUCACCAGUCCUCCUCCACCUCUUCAUAGACGCCGACAGAGUCCAUCGUCCCGACGGCCAGUGACCGCGGUCGGUGCCCAGUCAGCGAAGCGGGAGCCAUGCCUGUCCCCGCUGGAUACCUUAGCGACUCCCCCGCCGCGGCCUUCGCAUCCUCGGCCUCGCUUAUCCCGCCACCUCCGAUAAACACUCAGCAGCCCGGUGUUGUCACCUCGCUGCUGUACAGCGGCUCCAAGUUCAGGGGCCACCAGAAGAGCAAAGGGAACUCUUACGACGUGGAGGUUGUUUUGCAGCAUGUCACCAUGGAGGAUUCCUACUUGUGUGGCUACCUGAAGAUAAAAGGACUGACCGAGGAAUACCCAACUCUGACCACGUUCUUCGCUGGAGAGAUCAUCAGCAGAAAGCGGCCAUUUCUCACCCGGAAAUGGGAUGCAGAUGAAGAUGUGGAUCGUAAACACUGGGGCAAGUUCCAGGCCUUCUACCAGUACGCAAAGACAUUCAACUCUGAUGAUUUCGACUAUGAGGAUCUGAAGAACUCAGACUAUAUUUUCAUGAGGUGGAAGGAGCAGUUUCUGGUCCCAGACCACACAAUCAAAGACAUCAGCGGAGCUUCCUUUGCUGGAUUUUAUUACAUCUGCUUCCAGAAAUCCACAGCAACGAUCGAGGGCUACUACUACCACAGGAGCUCUGAAUGGUACCAGUCUCUAAACCUCACCCACGUCCCCGAGCACAGCGCAGCCAUCUAUGAGUUCCGGUGACCCCGGUCGGCAUCGUGGGCAUCUUUUUUUUUUUUUUUUUUUUUUUGUGAUGGACAAAGACUUGAGGCAAAGCAGAGGUCUGCGGAUGCUACUGAGGAAAAGGAGAACAAACUCUUACAUGUUCUCAAUAAGUGGAUGGACAGCUGAUUGAUCAGUGGACGGGACAGGACAAAUGAAUGUAUGUGUGGAUGAGACGAGAAGACAGAGCCGUUGCGCUCCCUGGCUGGAGCUUGUAAAGUUAGAACCAGCAGCAGAGACUGGGUGUGGUUCAUACCGUGUACCCUUUUCUUCAUUUGUUUUAAUGUCUGGUUUAAAAAACAAAAAAAACAAAAACGCUUGGCACAGUAUCUCGAGACACUUUAUAAGCUGAGUUGGGAAUUCCCCCUCUUGUUUUGCGACUAGAAACGUUUCCAGCUUUUCAUCCAGCCGAUGCUGAAUGAGCUACAUAAAUAUAUUUGACUACCGUUGGACAAGGAUUCCUCCGAGGAGUCUGCUCCUAUAAACACAGUCUUUAAAGAAGUAAAUCACCACGUCUGUCCGUGUGGAAGAAGAGCAAGGGAGAGGUUUUGGUUUGUGAUUAGAGCUCUUCAGGUUGUAGGAUUGGAGCUUUAAUCAGCCCAUAAGCUAGAAUAACAGUAUUUUUUUGUAAAGCUAAGCUGGUUCUUUGUUCGUCUGCCAAGAGAAAGGACGCAGAGUGGCACUUUUAAAGGCUGCAAUGAGAGUGAUACACAAAACCAACUUCCCCCCUGUGUUCAUAAAACUGCUUGGGAGAUUAUUAUCACAUGUGAUUGCUGUGGAUCUUGUUCUAUUUGAGUUACAUUUGCACAAAGAUGACUAUAUGUUAAUAAUAAUGCUUGUAGUCAGGAUUUUACACUCACAUGCCCCAGCACACAAGCUUCAGAAUGGCAGGUCUAAGUUGUUUUUUUUUUUUUGACUGUUUUUUUAAAGGGUUUGGAGCCAAAACAAUCACAUAAAAGUAUUCAGCAAGAGUAUUUUUUACCCUGCACUCUGCAUUAAACAAAGAGCUUUUUAACUCCUUAUGUGUCAUUUUAAAUUAAGAUCCCCACUACCCCGACAUUUAUGUCUCCUCGACUAUGCAACGCUUUCAACAUAGCACUCUCCAACAUAAAACCUUCAGUUUCCAGAGACAAAAUUUUAUUCUAUCCUCAUAGUAUAUGAAAAAAAAAAUUCUAUCUUCCUUGAAAAAAGUAUUUUUGUUAAAUUGCCUAUGAAAAAACAUCUCCUC